AUCGUCGUGUUUAGCUCUUACCGUUACUCAAGAGGUCACGAUGAAGUUGUGACCCGUUGAUGCCGGUUAAGAGCGCCUAUGACAUGUGAUACAAAUUAUUGCCUUUGUUAUCCCCGAGUGAGAUCGCAUACAUGUCAGCUCGAGCUCUGACGGAUGGACUGGGAAUAACAUAUUCUCCGAUGCUGAAAAAAGGCUCACCACGUCGUGCGUCCGGCGAGGCUGUGUAGAAGAUUGCGGAACGUUUAGAUAUACGAUGAGACAAUAUCAAAUCGUUUCACGAAGCAGCGUAAUAUCCUCUAACCUCAAAGAUCGCCAAGCCAACAUCAGAGUAUCUCGAAGUCACUACUUCCAAUACCUACCUACCUACCUAAACCAAAGCUCCAAAGUAGUCUUCCGUGAGAUUUUCUCACCAACAACCCACCCACCAAACCACCUACCUACCUAGGCAUCAACCAACAUCCAAAACAAUGCCAUCGCAACCCAACCUCCCCCUCCCCGUAACCGGUGCCUUCGCCCUGCCUUUCGCAGCAUACUACAUCGUGCUAUCGAUCCGCGUCGCAGUCCAGCGCAUCAAGCACCGCGUCGCGAUCGGGGACCGCAUUCCCCCUUCUCCCUCUCCUCCCCCUAUUCUAUCUUCAGCUACCCCUUCAACCUCACCCCCACCCCCUUCCCCUCCACCCCCAAAACCAGCAGAAGAAAUCCACACAACCUCCGACCCCCUGCACCUCUCAACCCGCGCGCACCAGAACUUCUCCGAAUACAUCCCCCUGGCCCUAACCCUGUCCACCAUCGCCGAGCUCAACGGCGCCUCCCCGCGCCUUUUAAAGGGAAUCCUGGCAUCGCUGUUUGUGGCGCGCGUGCUGCAUGUGGAGAUGGGGGUUUUGAGGCCUGGGGCGUUGGGCUGGGGCAGGGUGGGGGGGUUUUAUUGGACUUUGGGGGUUUUGGGGGGGUUGGGGGGCUUGGGGGGGGGGUGGUUAGGGGCUAGAGGUUAGGGGGAGUUGGGAGGGGGUUAGGAGGGAGGUUUAGGGGGGCGGGUUAGGGUGAGGGAGGUUAGGGAUUAGGGGGGAGGUGGGUGGGUGAGGGAGAUGAUGGUGAGAGCGGGACGGGUGAGGAGGGAAUGGUGGUGGUGAGAAUAGGGGAAAAGCGGCAAGUAUGACGAAAACAUGAGAGGGGAACCGAUUCGGGAAGCCGAGAGUGAGGAAUUGG